ACCUGGGUUCCCAUCCCGCCACCGCCCAGCUCCCUGCUUUGUGACCUGGGGCAGGUCAUUUCACUUCUGGCCUCUCCACCAGCCUUUAUUCCCCUCCAAACCGGUCUCUUCUCCCCCCUUUUUUUAACGUCACGUGUUAGACGCUCACAACAGAGUCAGAGGACCCGGGUUCUCCAAACCAGUCUCUUCUUCCCUUUUUUUUUUUAAUGGUACGUGUUAGACGCUCACUACGGAGUCACAGGACCCGGGUUCCCCUCUCGCCUCCGUCCCCUACCUGCUGUGCGACCUCGGGCGACUCACUUGGCUUCCGUGGGCCUCCCUUCUAACCUUCCUCUCCCUCCAAACCAGUCUCUUCUCCCCUUUUUUUUUUAAUGUUGCGUGUUAGACGCUCACUACGGAGUCACAGGACCCGGCUUCCCCUCUCGCCUCCGUCCCCUACCUGCUGUGCGACCUCGGGCGACUCCCUUCGCUCCCCCGAGCCUCUCCACCAGCCUUCAUUCCCCUCCAAAUCAGGCUCUGCUUUUUUUUUUUUCAUGGUAUUCGUUAGACGCUCACUACAGAGUCAGAGGACCCGGGUUCCCAUCCCACCUCCGCCCCCACACCCGCUGUGCGACCUUGGGCAACUCGCUCCGCAUCUCUGGGCCGCCCGCUAACCUGCCUCCGCCUCCGAGCCUGUCUCUUCUCUUUCUAUUUCAAUGCGCCUCCGGAGGAAAUCAGAUGACGGGAUUUUGGCACGUGCCCGAGGAGCUGAAGCGACGGUGAUCAUCAUUUGAGGAUUCCUGCCCUCAGGGGAAUGGAAGAUUGCCAGCUGGAAUCGGGAGAUGCGGCAAAACUUUCAAGGCUCCAGGCGGCGCGGAACCACGCGACAGAGUGAUGGCUUGUUUUCGACGGUUUGAAUAUGGAGGCCACGGGGACAGACGAGGUUGACAAGAUAAAGACGAAAUUCAUAUCUGCCUGGAACAACAUGAAAUACAGUUGGGUCUUGAAAACCAAGACAUAUUUUAGUAGAAAUUCUCCCGUGUUACUGCUGGGAAAAUGUUACCAUUUCAAAUCGGAAGAGGACGACGGGAUCCCCGUCCGAUCCAACUGGGCCCCGGAGGAUCCCGCCGUCAUCUCCGGGAACGUGGACGAGUUCCGGAAGGACUUCGUCUCGCGGAUAUGGCUGACCUACCGGGAAGAGUUCCCCCCGAUGGGGGCUUCGGGUUUGACCACGGACUGCGGCUGGGGCUGCACCCUGAGGACCGGCCAGAUGUUGCUCGCCCAAGGGCUCGUACUGCAUUUUCUCGGGAGAGCGUGGACCUGGCCCGCAGCCCUGGACAUGGAGAACUCAGACUCCGAAUCGUGGACGUCUCACACCGUGAAAAAGCUCACAGCCUCAUUCGAGGCCUCGUGGGUCGGCGAGAGGGACCCCAGGCCCCCGUCCGCUUCUCGGAACGCUCCGCGCGGGUCGGGUUCCGUACGUGACGAAAUGAGAAAUGAAGGUUUCCACCGCAAGAUCAUCUCUUGGUUUGGCGAUAGCCCCCGGACGUACUUUGGCUUACACCAACUGACCGAAUACGGAAAGAAGUCUGGGAAAACGGCCGGAGAUUGGUAUGGGCCGGCUGUUGUCGCCCAUAUCCUAAGAAAAGCAGUUGAAGAAGUGAGACACCCUGAUUUACAAGGAUUAACUGUUUACGUUGCACAAGAUUGUACAGUUUACAAUUCCGACGUAACCGAUAAGCUGCGGGCGUCUACGGACUCCGGUAAAACGGACGACAAAGCUGUCCUCAUCUUAGUUCCUGUGCGGCUGGGAGGGGAGAGGACCAACAUAGACUAUUUAGAAUUUGUAAAGGGAAUUUUAAGCCUGGAAUACUGCGUGGGCAUUAUCGGAGGCAAACCUAAGCAGUCGUAUUACUUCGCUGGAUUUCAAGAUGACAGUUUGAUUUACAUGGAUCCUCAUUACUGCCAAUCUUUUGUAGAUGUCAGCAUAAAGGAUUUCCCUCUUGAGUCAUUCCACUGUCCUUCCCCCAAAAAGAUGUCAUUUCGAAAAAUGGAUCCGAGCUGCACCGUAGGAUUCUAUUGCAGAAACGUCCAGGAUUUUGAGCGCGCUUCGGAAGAGAUCACCAAGGUGCUGAAAGCUUCGUCCAAGGAGAAGUAUCCCCUCUUUACUUUCGUAAAGGGUCACUCGAGAGACUACGAUUUCGCCUCCGGUCCCACCCGUGAAGAACCUGACCUUUUUUCAGAGGACGAGAAGAAAAGAUUGAAGAGAUUCAGCACCGAGGAGUUCGUCUUGCUCUAGGAGCGCGUCCCGUCGGGGCGCCGGCCGUUGUCUCAGGAAGCUCUCCCGGACAGAGGCGGGACUCGGAAGCAGAAAAAGGAGCAGUGGGGAGACCGGUCCGUCUUCCUAAGGGUUUUAGAGGCCGUCUCUGAGAACGGGCAAGUCUCCCUCGCUCCGUGACUCCGAAAGGGAAGCGGCCCGAGAAAGCUCUGCGCCGGGGCCAGCCCGGAUGUAGGGCCGGGCCCGCAGGGGCUGGGUAGCGCCCUGGUUUUCUCGGACCCCGUGACUCAACCCGCAACCCGAGUCCGCUCCUUCUUCCCCGCGAGGCCCCGCGGCCACGGCGGAGAGAUCCCGUCCGGUCGACCCGUCGGCCUUUCGACCGAGCCGCUCGGUUCCUUCCAGCCAUUUCCCCCUGCGAGAUUUAAGCCUCUCCCACUGACCGGGAAGAGGCCGGUAAAUUGUUAAUGUAACCAAAGGAUAAAUUUCUUGCAUUGCACUACUCCAGAUGUAACUUGAUAUGUCAAAUAGUAAUUGUUCGCUAUAAUCCUGAUGCAAUUAUAUAAGCAGAAUUGUGAGUUAAGGUACUACUUAGCAAUAUGAUUUUAUAAUGGCUGCUCAUUAAGCUUGCUGUUGAACCUUAAUAUGAGGUGUGAAUAUAAAGUAUUGGCAUUCCUCACAAUUUUUAAAGGUUAUGUUAUUAAUAUUAACUGUAACCAAUCAAACCAGAUAAAGGCAAUUAUUGGAUGGGAGCAGCGUGUUUGUUUCGCAUCUCGACAGCGGCGUUUUAUGAGAACUCCGCUCGUCCUGCAGCUUUUAAAUCUAAACAUAAAACACUCCGGGGGGAGUGCGUGUUCUCGAGUACGCUCUCCGAUCCCUUCUCUGGACGUUCUUCCAUUACUGAGAGUCGGCUGUGUCCGCGUUUAGAAGCGGAGAUGGUUUACGAGGGAAAUCCGCCUUUAGCGUUUUGCUUUAACAAAAAGAAAAUUCAUGAUUCACCAGGAGUAAUACUGAGCUCGGAGUAUCAAACAAAUGCUUUAAUAAAGAUGGGGGAACAGUCAA